AUGGGGAUCAAACUAACACAGUUCAUAAAUGUCCUUUUUUUUUUCAAUAGGAUACUCAUCCCUUUUUUUGUUCAUUUCUUAUAUUUUCUUUCUUUCUCUUCCAUUUUUUCUUUCCUUUUCUUCUUUCUAUAUUUAUUUCUUCAUUCUAGUCUCUAUAGAAAGCCUCUUUUUUCCAAACAUAAUAACCUUGUCUUUCUUUUCUUUCUAUUUCUUUUUAUUCACAUUUUCAUUCUCACUCUUUUCUUGUGCUUAUUUCUUCCUUUUAUUCUAUUGCAUCUUUCAUGUUUUUUUCAUUCAAUCUUUCUUCCAUUCAUUCUUUUUAUCUGUUUCUUCUUUCUUUUGCUACAAUUUCUCAAAUUUAUUUUUUAUCUAAUUCUUUAUUCUUUUCUUUUCCAGCUAUUCUUUCUAACUUUCUCUCCCUGUCUCUCUACUUUCUCUUCCUUUUCUUCCCUUGUAAUCACUUUUCUCCUCCUUCUCUUUUUAACCUCUCUCUCUCUCAUUUCCUUGCUUCCUUUUCUCUUCUUUUUCAUUUUCUUCUCUUUCAAUUACUUUUCCCCUUUAUUCAAUUUCUUUUUUUUCCUCCUCCUACCUUUCCUCCUUAAGCCCUCUUUCUUUACUUCCUUUUCUCUUCCUUUUCUUCUUCUUUCAAUUUCUCUAUUUCCCUCCUUCUCUCUCUCUUUUCCUUUGCUUGCUUUAGGAUUUUCCUUCUGUCUCUCCUCUUCUUUCUUUUCCAUUUUCUCUUCAUUUUAUCUCUCUCUCUCUCCAAUAUCUUUGCCUCCUUCUCUUUUUUCAUUCUUUGUUAUCUUUGCCUUCUGA